GACAGGCAGGCAGUUUGACAGGGAUAUGGAAGUGAGAGUGUGAAGUCCUGUCUCUAACAGCAGCUGGUCUGAGGCCACCAACAACAUCCAUGAAGUGUGGAAACCUCAGCAGACAGGAAAGCUGAGUUGAACUUUAUUCCUCCUCCAACUUCCAAUCCGGCUGCUGGACCUGCACACAGAGGGGAGCUCACUGGAAGCUCCUCCCAGAGAGUUUGAGAAAACAUUCCAGCAAAGUGAGAGGGGAAAGACGGGGCGGCCUCUCACUCGCCGAGUGAAGACUUUGCUCUGAAACCUGGAGAGUUCUCUUCACACCCACCCGAGACCUCAUCCGUCCAAGUGCUCGGCUUGCUAUGAAGAGCCUGCUGCUGGUCUCGGCCGCCUGGGUGCUGGCUGCAGCCCAGUACAGCUACCACCAGGGGCUGAUGGACUAUCUGGAGAACAGAUUACUGGCCAUUGAGGACCGGAUGCAUCUGUGGCACCAACAGUCACGCCGAUACCACACUGACCUGCUGGACUUCCAGAAGCUGAGCUCUGAUGCCAUGGCGGCACUGAAGAAGGAGCACGAGAAGCUGCUGGAAGAGCUUGACGGCGCCGCAGUCCGGGUGGAGCGGGUGGAGCGGGAGAUGGACUACGUGGAGAGCCAGACCGCUCCUCGGGCCUGUGUCAAGAAGGCAGACAAGGUGGUGGAGCAGGGGGUCUGGGGUCUUGAGCAGAGUCGAGCAGAGGAGGAGGACUGGCAGGAGCUGCACUCCAGUGUCUCUGACUGUGAGGAAAUCAUUUCCGCCAUCAGAUCGGUGAAGAUCCUGAAGCGAGUCGGUGGUCCAAAAGGCAUGUGGGUGAGAGACCCGCGCUCGUCCAAAGUCUACCUGUUCAACGGGACCACCGGAGACCAGGUCUUGCAGUACGACUCAGUGAGAGAGUUCGCUGGCUCCGCUGGAGUCAACAACAGCCGAGUGAUCCGGCUUCCGUCUGAGUGGACCGGUUCUGGCAGCGCCGUCUACAACGAUUAUCUGUUCUUUGUGAAGCAGGAAGUCGGCAGCGACCUGCAGGUGGUCAAGUAUGACCUUCUGAGCAGGUCCGUGUCGGACGCGGCCAUGUUCCCCAUCCAGGGCCACACCAGCGUCUACAGCCUGAACCCAGAGACGUUGGUGGAUCUGGCAGCAGACGACGAAGGCCUCUGGCUGCUGUUCGCCAGCACUGACAGCGAAGCCACCAUCAACCUCGCCAAGAUGGACCCCGCCACACUCGAUAUAGAGCAGAUCUGGGACACCCGCUGCCCUCGGGACAACGCGGAGGCGGCCUUCGUGACCUGUGGGACCAUCUAUGUUGUUUACAACACCCGCCUGCCCAGUCGCUCCAGGAUUCAAUGUGUGUUUGACGUCAACGACGUGGUCACCAGUGAGGAAGCGCCGCUGCUCUACUUCCCCCGGAGGUACGGGGCCCACGCCAGUCUGAAGUACAACCCCGAGGAGAAGCAGCUGUACGCCUGGGACGACGGCUACCAGAUCAUCUACAGACUCAGCAUGAAGAGGAAACUGCUGGUCUGACGGAACCGUCCUCAUUAACUGUUUUAGUAAAGAGUAGAGCUCCACAGAGGGGAAACACACAGCAUCCAAACCUUGUGCUAACUGGUCAAAACAGACCACUGCAUCAAAGUUACAGUGUGUAGAAACAUUUAGAGACAAUAGGACAGCAGAUUUCGGAGCGCCUGAUUAUUCAGGUCAACAGUUCACUUGAGUGUGUUAAUGAAUGUGCAAGGAUGCAGCAUAGAACAAGAGCCAGCAGAAGUGGUGCCUGUACUCACCCACGGUCGGGGACAGUGUCCAGAGAAUGUGAUGUGGAAGGAGCGUCCUGAGAAAUGGUGUCAGUGCUUCUCACCCCGAGUGACGAGUCAGCAUCCAGGGGCUCCUGCUGCAUACUGCUCUGGACACGCGACUUUUACAUCCUAAAAUAUGCAGAUUGACAGAGGCAGGAGCAGCAGAGGAGGCUGACAGAGAGAUGACCAGGAUGGUGCAGUGUAUGCAAGCAAGUAACCUCUCUCUUCAGGAGCAUCACUUCACUCUUACAUAAGGAUCUUGCAGUGAAUCUAAUAAAGUGGCUCAUGAAGUGAUACCCCAGUGGUUGUUCGCGGUUCUCCAGAAACGUUGCAGAGGCUGGUUCCGCUCCUCAUUUCAUUCCAGACAGAAAUCUC